UAGACUUGUGAUUUAUUCUUAUUCUAUAUAUUUGUUCUUCAUGUCAUAAUGGUUUUUGAUUAGUUGUUCUCUGCCUACUUGUAUCAAAAUUUGCUGUAGAGAUAGUGAUGUACUAAUGUACUGGUUUUACUUGUAUGAAAAGCAUUCUUAUGAUCUCCAGGAGCAAUUAUUAGCUUCAACCUAUAUAAGGGGUCAACAUUCUAAGCCAGAUCUGCUUAUUCAAUACAUGAUCCCUUGAUUAGGUACACCAUAUAUAGAUAUAGUUGCUCUGGCAAUUCAUCCUUAAAAGUUCUUCACAUCAGUCAUCCUCAGAAACUUGAGGCCUACCAUGCACCUACUAAUUGUGCCAACCCAUGGCAGAGAUGCCAUUUCAGAACCACAAAAUUUAGAAACUGUGAUUCAACCCCCAAGAUAGAAGGGUAUUGCUGUCAAAGUCUGAAUUCCCAAAUCAGUUUCUUAAACCCUACUUGUCCCACUCUGAGCUAUAAAAGCCAAACCAACCUUCCAUUAAGGUACCUCAUUAUCCCCCACUAUUGGACUGCAGCCCUUAGCUUGUACCCUGCAAAUUUACUUCCUCUUCUAUUAUAAGCCAUGGAGCUACCAAACCAAAACUUUCAGCUUUACCAGUAUGUCUUCCCCUCUCAUCUUGUUUAUCCAUAUCACUUAGCCCCAGAAAACUAUGUGCACUGGACUGAAACCCCAGAAACUCACAUUUUCUCAGCUGAUCUCCCUGGUGUGAGGAAGGAGGAGAUAAAGGUGGAAGUGGAGGACUCAAUAUACCUGAUAAUCAGAACACACAGACUUGAUGAUGGUGAUGGUGAUGAGUCUUCCACAGAGGCUAGGAGGACCUUCAUGAGAAAGUUUCGGCUUCCAAGUCAAGUCGACAUCGAGAGAAUCUCAGCUGGAUAUGAAGAUGGAAUCUUGACAAUCACAGUGCCAAGGUUGUUGAGGAGGAGUUUCUUCAUUGAACCAGCUGACAUGCCAAAAAGGCUUGAAGUUCUUGCAAGAGCUGCUUGAUUUUCAUAACUCAAAGAUUCAAACUAGCUAUUUCCUAUCAUGAUUAAUUAGAUGCUAAGAUUUAAUUGUUGGACUCCUUU